GAGUGUUUUCUAGAGAGAGAAAUAUAGGAGAGAGAUAAAUAAAACACGGAAAAGUAUUGUUAGAGAGAGAAGGUGGACUGAGUGUGCUCUGGAGACAGAAGGAGAGGAGAGAGGGGGAGUUUUCCUAGAGUGAGAAAGUGAGGACGAGUGUGGGAAAUUUUUUUUUUUUUUCUGGGUGUGUGCGUGUGCGUUUUCUCUCAGAUCUGCAACCAUCUUGGUUUUGGAUUAGGAAGUAACAGAGGAAAUGUGUAGAGAGAGAGAAUUCUAGAGAGAGAAAGUGUGUAGAGAGAGAAAGAGGGAGUGGGGUGCGAAGUGCUCAAUUCCCGCUGCACUUUGCCGCCAUUGUUGCUCAAUUCCUGCUCAAUUUUACCUGCAAUUCCGUUGAAUUUAGGUGGUUUUCGCAAUGCAUUCUGUGAUAAUGGAAGAAGGGGUGGAGAGGGGUUCUACUGGUGAGGCAUGUGAAUUUGAGGAAGAAGAAACCAGUGAAGAAGAGGAGCUCUCUGUUCUUCCGAGACACACGAAAGUGGUGGUCACUGGUAACAAUCGCACCAAAUCUGUGUUGGUGGGUCUUCAAGGUGUGGUGAAAAAGGCAGUUGGUCUUGGUGGAUGGCAUUGGCUUGUUCUUACCAAUGGCAUAGAGGUGAAGUUGCAGAGGAAUGCCCUGAGUGUUAUUGAAGCCCCAACUGGUCACGAAUCAGAUGAUGAGAACGAAUGCGAGAACAUGCAGUGGAAUAGCUCAGAUUUUGCCUCUGAUGAUACCCAAAAGUCCCGUAGGCCAAAACAUAGGCUCCCAAAGACAAGUGGAUCGAUGCACAAAGCUUUUAGCAAAUCUCAUUCUUGUGAGUUGCAGUCGAAGGAGCCCAUCUCACCUUCACAUGGAGUCACGGUGAAUUUUAUCACUAAGGUUGAUUUGAGCAAAUUAGAGACUACAGCAUUGUGGAGAUAUUGGAGACACUUUAACCUUGUGGAUAUCAGUCCUAACCCCUCGAAAGAACAGCUAAUUGAUGCAGUUCAAAGGCAUUUCACGUCACAGCAAUUGGAUGAGUUGCAGGUCAUCGUAGGGUUUGUACAGGCAGCCAAGAGGCUCAAGACCGUCUGCAACUAACAAGUAGGCAUACUUGCCGUUGCUAACAGAUUGGUAUUCUCUUUGUCAUAUCUAUCUAUCUCCUACCUUUCUCUGUCUUGUGAUUGUAACAUAUGUAUCUUCUUUUCUUGGGUUUUGACAGUAAGAAAUAGGUUUCCAUUGUAGGGUUUUUGAACAAGUCCUGUGUAAUAUAAUGUGGUUUUCAAUGCAUAUAUGGUGGAAGAACUUGGCUUUUC